GCGCCUGCGCUAUGCGCCGCGCCGCAGGACAAAUUAGGCAUGCAACGACACGACGUGGCUAGUGCAGUGCCAGGCCAAGCUUAGGAAAAUGGCUCAAUUUAACGAUGUGUUCGUAUUUUUUGUAGCUUCACUUCAUGUUGCUGUGACGCUCAUGAUAUUCACAGAAGUAGAUAAAACGCAACCAUUGCCGUAUAUGGAUGAAAUUUUCCACAUUCCACAAGCUCAGAGGUAUUGCAAUGGAUCAUUUGGAGAGUGGGACUCUAAAAUAACCACUUUGCCAGGACUCUAUCUUUCAUCCGUGGGCCUUUUGAAACCUGUUGCAGCUCUUCUUGAGUCUCCUAUGAUAGACAUAUGUACUGUCACUGUUCUUAGAUCCCUCAAUGUCCUGUUUGCAGUUGGAUGUCUAUUUGUUAUCUACCAUGUACUACGGGCCAUCCACCAACCUAAAAAUCGUACUGACGAGGUGAAAAUCAUUUUAACUGCUGUGGUGCUGGCAUCAUUUCCUCUUCUGUACUUUUUCAUCUUCCUGUACUAUACCGACGUUGGCUCUACUUUCUUCAUUCUUCUUGCGUACUUCUUCUGUAUCCGUGGCAACCACUUAAUGGCAUCCAUCUUAGCUGUUGAUGCCUUUUUCUUCAGGCAGACAAAUAUUGUAUGGGUUGUGUUCAUGGCAGGUACAUCUAUAGCACAACUCAUGAAUCAGAAUGCCAAACAGAAGCCUCCUCAAAGUGAGACUGUCUUGGAUGCCCUUGUUACUGCUGUUCAAAGAGGGCUUAUCUUCAUAGGAUCAAUGACAAACAUCUUCAAAUUGGCAGCACUCAUAUGGCCAUAUUUGUUUGUCACCAUUGGCUUUGUGGCCUUUGUUUAUAUCAAUAAGGGAAUUGUUGUUGGGGAUCGAAGUAACCAUCAAGCAACCUUGAACUUUCCACAACUGUUUUAUUUUGCAGCUUUCACAGCUGGAUUUUCCUUGCCAUUUUCAGUUUCUAUUAGCAAAGCUUGGAGGUUCUUCCAAAGUCUAGUUUACCAUCCUAUCACAUACCUCAGCAUCAUUGCUGCAAUGUCUCUAGCCAUUUACCAUUGCACCUUUGUGCAUCCCUUUCUUCUUGCGGACAAUCGUCACAUUGUAUUUUACAUCUGGCAACGUGUGUUUAUGAGGCAUGAGUAUGUAAAAUCAAUUCUUAUUCCUGGCUACAUCUUUGCUGGUUGGUCCAUCCGUGAUUCGCUCUCCCACAAGAGUGAACUCUGGCAGCUUGUCUUCUUCAUUUGUCUCCUUGCAGCUACCAUACCUCAACAGCUUCUUGAGUUCAGAUAUUUUAUCAUACCAUACCUAAUAUAUAGGUUAAACAUGAAUAUUGGAUCAUAUCUUGAUAUUAUCACUGAAUUUAUCCUGUACAGUGUAGUCAAUAUUGGCAUGUUGUAUCUCUUUCUCCAUAGGCCAUUUUACUGGCCAAAUAGCCUAGAAGAGCAACGAUUUAUUUGGUAGGUCUCAUGUAAUUGAUUAAGAUGUACAUUAGAAAUUACUAAGUAGAUGUUAUUUUAAUGUUGAAGUUGAUUAUUUUAGCUUUCUUAUAUGGAAAAAA